AUGCCCCAGAAGUAUCCAACAGGACGUGGUAAGUAGGAAAUUCGAUUCUUGACUUCUGCAGCCCCCCUCAUGUGCUUAAUUUUGGCGCAAGCGUUUUCGAGAGCUGCAUGCGCAGAACACCCAUCUAUUGAGUAUACAAAAUGAAAAUUCGCUGAUACACCAAGACUUUUAUUGAUAAGUCAUUGAAAUUAAUUACCUAACAGGACACAUCUGUGCUGAUUCUGAAACCUAACGAAGAAUCUGUUUCAGAGGUUAAGUAUAUCAAGUUACCAAACAGUUGCUUAAAAUAACGUGCGAUUUGUUGAUUCAUAUACUGGGAAUCUAAGGAAAAGCAUUAAAUUGUACUUGUUUAUUAGAAAAAGUCUGAGGCGUCAGAUAACCCAAACAUUACAGCACUAAGCCAGUAAUCAUUUUUUGUAGAAGAAAAGUGCCGAUGUCCUCCGAAGAGCAAAAAGGACACUAAAAAAGGUAAAUAAAUUUUAUUUAUAAUGAAAAAUUUCUUUCACUGGUCAAGAGAUGAAUAAGUAUGAAAUUUUCGGGUUAUCUACCUAAAAAAAGAAUUUUUGGUAUGCUUGCAGUGAAGAAGCAAUGUCCACCAGAUGAACCUUUGAAGUUCCGCGGCAAACCUGAGUGCGGUGAGACCUUUUUGCCCACUACCCAGAAACGUAGAUUAUGUUAAGAUAGACGGUUGUGUAUAAGAAUGUUUCGCUUUUAGACGAUUCGUGCGAUGAGGAGCCGGAAUGCGCAGAAGAGUGCUGCGAAUCCUCGGACGACGGUGAGGAGAAGAUUAUGGUCGAGCGCUACUGGAAGCACGAACCCCAAGGUGAGUUAAAUGUCCUUAAACUGUCUCCGAAUCGCUGAUUUCUGGGAAAUUGUCUAAGAGAAAUUGGAAUUUUAUCUAAGUCAUUCUGAUUCUUCCCGGAGGCCAGCUCAUUUGUCCGGAGGGUUUGAAAAUUUACGCGUGACCCCACUUUGCUAAAACAUUUUAGGCAAGAGCGGAUGUGGUCCGGACUGCGGAGAGGAAAAGAUAAUUAUUUCUCGCCUCUGGAAGAAGAAGGGCAACCGUAAGUUUCACUCGUACAUACGACCCUUCCAUUCUGAUAUGCGCACAAGCGAAAGUUACACAGAUUAAUAGAAAACAAUUCAUCUUCUCAUAUCUUCCCCGGUGUUUCGUUCAUUUUCACAAAAGCAACCAUUGGAGCCGGCGGUGCCGUUGGUGCUGACUGUAUUAAGGGCGAGAACAGUGAGUUCCGGAUUAAUUCUAGUAUCAAACAUGACUACUAUCUUUGCAUCGGGGCAAAACUCUCUAAUUUCUUCACUAAUACCUACAGAAUGCAAAGAGGACUCGUGCUCCUCCUCCUCAACCUCAUCCUCCUCCUCCUCCUCAAGCAGUUCUUCAUCAACUUCAUCCGACUCUGACUCGGACGACGGCGAGACAGUAGAGAGUUACUGGCGCAAACGCACUCGAGGUACAUUUGCGCCUAUUUUGCCGUUAUUUUUGAAUAGCAAUCUCUAACCCAGAAGGAGCCCUAAGUGAGUUUCGUUUCGCGUUCAUUUACACGGUUGCUGUUGGUGGGGAAACUGAAUACCUUAAAUUUUACCUGUCUAUGACAAUGAAAAAUAAAGAGCAGGAGCGAUUUAUUUUACUAUUUUGAUAGCCUGGACCUACGGAACAUGUCAAAACUAGUAAAAGGCCUAAUCUUUAGUUUAUUUUUCUAUCCUCCGGGACUUCAUUUACUCUCAUAAUCACGAUAUCGUUGUCAUAAUUUCUAAAUAGGCGCCUUUUGGCUUUUGGGAAAUAGGUCUCCUCUUCAAACUAAAAAUCGCGUCCUCAUCUUCUUCGAAAUACCUAAAAAUAUUUAAACUGAGAUAUAUAUAGGCUGGGAUUAGAAGCUUGAAGACAUGUUUGCCUUUAUGAAUUAAUAAAGGGAAAGUGAUAAUUACCCAGGCCUAAACAUCUACAUAUGCUUUCUUUAUAUCAUACUUCUGAAAUUUUAGUUCGAUCCCGUUCACGAGAUCCCGAGCGAAAAUUCGCUCAAAAGUCCUCCAAAGGUAUCUAUUUCAACCACUUCUGUCUUGCAUAUCCGUAGGAAUAUCACACUCAUUCCUUAUCAAAGCGAUUUUUACUAUUAAACCGUCAUUCGGUUUUAUAGGCAAAAGAGGUUCAUCAAAGAAAGGACGUGGUAAGUUAACCAAAUCAAUAACAGCCAUUAGAUGAGAAUCCGAGAAUGAAGCAAAACGCAUAAUCAGCUUCUCGCCAGCCUUGUGCUUUCGCAAUGCGCAUCGCCUAAACUGCAUCCCUUGAACGAAGGAGAUCUUGGGACUGAGCGCUUGGCUAAGAAACGCUUAUUGGGCUGAGAUUCAUCAUGCAAAUGCGGCUUGGCUUACUGAAAGAUGCCGUAGUCUAAAUGACGCGUUCUGUUGUUGUUUAUAGGCCCGACGUGCAUUGAUUGUGGACAGCGUUAUUAAUGCAAUGUCAAACGUGUCUGCGAAAGCCACGCAUGAAGCGACCUUCGAGGCAUUUUGCCUAUCUGAGAGAAAUUUCAUGAAGAUAACUAUAUGUUUGCUAAUAAAUGAAUUUGUGGGCUGACCUCUUGUUUGUAAAAAAGUUAAAACGGGAAAUAAAUAAAUAUGGGUGCCGGGCCUUCCAUUAGUGCAUGACCAUCAUGCAGAUUACUCCAUCGGCAUUAAAAUAUGUGUAGUGAUUUUAACAAAACUGACUUUUGAUUUUGUAUUUAUCCUUUAUGGCCCAGAAGAAUCCUUAAGUAUCAUAGAACUCCAUCAACACGCGAAGCAAAGUCCCAAGAUUAAGUUGGUUGCUCUGACAAUAGUGCUGGGCUCAUGGGUAUCUAGGAAACGGACAUACACCUCGACUUCAGAGGAAAAUGAUUCUUAAUAAACCGAAGACCAUUGUAUACUUUGCGUUUUUUUAAUAUUGUGAUUUUUAGAUCCAUCAUGUGAGAAGUGCCUAAAAGGUUAGUCUGUGACCAACGUCCUACUCAAUGAAUUAUUCAAUUUAUUUUAAUCUGCAAUUUUGCAGUUUGGGUUUUCACACAUUACAUUAAAAAAGACACGACGACAGUUUUAUGGUCUAUGGAAGAGCCCAUCUAGAACGAAGUCUGCUGAAUUUAAUAUUUGCAUCCCCUUUUCAGAAAGAAGAUCCGCGCAACGCAAAUCUGGAUAUGGUAAGUAGGUCGCUUUUCACUUUGCAAAGUUGCUAUAAUUGUAUGUAAGGAUUUAUAAUGUUGGCGUUUCGGAUUGCCUUUUUAUGUUGGCAUUUGGUCUCACUUUUAGCCCGAUAA